CUCUGUCAGUACAGUCCAGAGGACGGACGCCCGCUUUGCUUUUGUGGAUUCACUUCUUCUUUCAUUCCUCUCUCUGUCGUUUUCCCUCCAAAUCGUUUGUCUCUUCUUCUCUCCUGUGGACAGCCGGACAGACACUCUUCAUCCUCACCUCCUCCUCCUCUUCCUCCUCCUCCUCCUCCUCCUCCUCCUCAGAGCUGUGGGACUGUGGGGCAGAUGACGGGAUGCUCUCUGCUGGAUGGGCACUAACAGAAGUUUGUGAAGCUCUGAUUGGCUGAUUGAUUCAGAACCUGAGCAGACUCACAGCUGACAUCCCACUCAUGAAUUCUUCCUGUCGUCACCAUAGUGACCGGCGACCUUGGUGGCAGCGACAGUUUCCACAUUAUGCUUUGAGACUUUAAAGCUCAUUAUAUACAUAAAGCUCGUUGCCGUAGCAACCAGGAUGCAGGUGUCCAUAGCGUGUAACGUGGGUGGGGGUGGCGGUGGCAGCGGGGUGAGCGAUCACCAGCUGAAGGAGCGGCGGGCGGCGGCGGCCACCAGCAGCGCCCCCACCUAUCACUCAAGGGUCAGGACAGAGCCAUCGAACAGACACACCCUGCUAGGCCACGCCCACAUGAAGGAGGCCCUUGGUCGUCAUAGCAACAUGAAGUACAGGAAUCUUGGGAAAUCUGGACUGAGAGUGUCCUGCUUAGGACUGGGAACAUGGGUGACAUUUGGCUCUCAGAUCUCUGAUGAGAUGGCAGAGAGUGUGAUGACGGCUGCGUACGACAGUGGAGUGAACUUGUUCGACACCGCAGAGGUUUACGCCUCAGGGAGGGCGGAGACGACUCUGGGAAACAUCCUGAAGAAGAAAGGCUGGAGGAGGUCCAGUUAUGUGGUGACCACUAAGAUCUACUGGGGAGGACAGGCGGAGACAGAGCGAGGGUUGUCACGGAAACACAUCAUUGAAGGUCUGCGUGGAUCUCUCUCCAGGUUACAGUUGGACUAUGUUGACAUCGUCUUCGCCAACAGGAGUGAUGUCAACGCACCAAUGGAGGAGGUCGUCAGAGCCAUGACCUUCGUGAUUGAUCAGGGUAUGGCCAUGUACUGGGGAACGUCACGCUGGAACGCUGUGGAGAUCAUGGAGGCCUACUCUAUAGCGCGACAGUUUAACCUGGUUCCUCCGGUGUGUGAACAGGCGGAGUAUCAUUACUUCCAGAGAGACAAGGUGGAGCUGCACCUGCCUGAACUCUACCACAAGAUCGGUGUCGGAGCCAUGACCUGGUCUCCGUUAGCCUGCGGUCUGCUGACGGGGAAGUACAACGAGGGCGUCCCCAAGAGCUCCAGGGCCGCCAUGAAGGGGUAUGCGUGGCUGAAGGAGCGUCUCUGCUCUGAUGAAGGGAAGAAGCAGCUCAGUAAAAUCAAAGAGCUCCACCUGCUGGCCGACAGACUGACCUGCACCCCUGCUCAGCUGGCUAUAGCCUGGUGUCUCCGCAGUGAGGGCGUCAGCUCGGUUCUCCUCGGAGUCUCCAACACAGAACAACUGCUGGAAAACCUUGGUUCUAUCAGGGUUCUGUCUCAGCUGACUCCACCCCUCAUCACAGAGAUGGAUGCGUUGCUCGGCAACAAGCCGCGAAACACCAAGAGGGAGGCGAGGAGCUGAGGAGGAGAAAAAACUGAAAACUUUAUUGAAAAUGAUCAGAAGACGGAGACAAGAUACAAAUGAACGGAGGAAGGACGUGUGGGAUGACAACAAUAUUCAUUCUCCCCCCGUCGUCCUCAUCGUCAUGGAGACGGGAAGAUUUCUUCAUCCAGCCGGAGAGACUUUAGCUCCUGAAAAUAAUCAGAAAUAUUUAUUCUUAUAUUAACUCAGAGUUUCUCAUCAGCUGAGCUCUUCUGAUGCUGUUGUCAUGGCAACAGAACAUGUAGCCGCAUCACAACAAAGUUUGUUUCAACUUUAUCUGUGAAUUGUUCAUAUAUGCAUGAAGACACGUGAGCAAAUCUUAACAGUAUGAACAUAAAUAUACAAACAAUAAUCUAUAAUCAAUACAGUUCAAAUACAAACUAGAUCUUAGAGAAGAACAGAAGCAGGAAUGAUGACAUCAGAUGUUUUGAUCUCAAUGAUUAAUCGAUUGAUUUCAAUUUAAUUUGAGUUUUCAUAUGUGAGCAGAACCGUGUUAAAGUUGUGAGGUGAGCGCACGCUGCUCGCCGACCAUACGGAAAAAGCAACAUGUCUCUAAUUAUAAUCACAAAAAUGAAAAUUAAAUCAUGACAAGACACUUUUCUUUCUCAGUCAUUAACUUUGUUUUUCUCUCUUCCUUUCAUCAUAAAACUUUAUGACACAAAAUCAACGUCUUUUUAAAACAAGGAAACUCUUAAGUCAACAUUCAUGAGAGCCAAUAAGGAACAUCUGGAAGCUCAUUCAGGAAAACAACAGGGUUUAACACACAGGUGAUACAGUGACAGGAAAAAGUUUUGUUGUUUUGUUUUGUUUAUUUGUCACACUAUUUCACCAGUAUGAAACUUUUGUCAUAACAUCACUGCUGUUACCAAGACAACUCAUGUCAUUGUCAACUGCUGUAAGAAGAACAUGGCUGAGGCUCCUGUAAACCUUGUGACAUCACCAUGGUAACGGCUUCUGUUAUUCUGUCCGAGGCUCUGAACUCUCCUGUAUACUCUGUACUGGAUAUACAUAUAUGAGUAUAUUUACUAUAAAAUAUGAAUCUAUAUUUUAUGAAUGUAGCCCUGUAGUCUUUAGAUAGAGAACAGGAUUUUUAACUCAGUGGUGCUCAAUCUGAGGGGUAGGGACCUUUCAGUGGUCGUCAGCUCCUCACACAAACCAUGUCUUCAAUAUCAAUAUAUAUCAAUAAUUUUAUUUCAAAUGAUCCCUCUUUGAAGUCGUCAGUCAUAACCGAUGAAUCUCUCUCCUCUCCUUAAUAAUCAUAAACCAAACUGUAUGUCACAGUCAUAUGAACAGAUACAGGUGCUGGAUGUUUGGACCUGCUCAGGUUGAGGUCACUGAUCACCUGAUCACCUACCUCUGAUGACAACCAGUACUGUGCAUGAAACCAUGUGACUUUGACCAUGCUGACAGGCUGGUUGGUCACAUGGUUUCAUUAUGUUUCCUGUGUCAGUAUAUAACCCUCUGUUCCUCCUGAUGUAACCAAAACUACUGGAGAAUGCUAAUAAAGAUAUUUAAAUCUGAA